AUGGUUAGGGAAGAUUUACGGAUGGAUGUGAAGAAACUGCCACAGGUUUUCGAAGAUGGUGAGCGCCCCUCUUUGCUGGGAAGAAUCUCAUUCCGAGGGCGGGUGGAUGUUUACUGGGAUGAUCACACCUUGCCCCUGUUGUGGGCGUUGGACAGGGCCUUGGCAAAGUUGCCGCCUCUCUCUCGAGUAAAAGAUUACUCCAAGCAUGGAAACGAACAUGAACGCAUCCUACGUGGAGGACUCCAGAAAGGAGAAGCCGAUUGCGAGUAUUCAGUUCGAUUUUGUCAUCUUUGA